CGUUCAGGGUGACUGCUUUAUAUCCCCAGCAUUGCCGCAAGAGAAAGUUUCUCUCACUCCACGUUUAACCCUCGAGAUGGGCACACGGGACUCGAUCUGUUUUCUUGUUUACUUUUUUACAACAUUUCAAUUCUGUCAAGGGAGUCGCUUUACAGACUACACAUACCAUCCGUGUGUCCGUAGCUGCUCAGCGGGUGAAAAUCCCAAGAUAUGUGAGUACGACUUCACACUCGAGUACUACUACGUCCUCACCAAAGGCUGUUUCGACUGUCCCUUGAACAUCACCGACUGCGACAGACCUCACUGUGUGGCGACAGAUGGCGUACAUCGAGCCAUCAUGACCAUCAAUCGCAUGUUGCCUGGACCAGCUAUCCACGUGUGUCACAACGACACGAUCGUGGUGAACGUGAAGAACAAAAUGGAAGGCGCAGAAGGAACGUCCAUCCACUGGCACGGUAUCUUCCAGCACGACUCUCAGAUCAUGGACGGGGUCGGCAUGUUGACGCAGUGUCCAAUACCAGCCUUCUCCUCAUUCCAGUACAGAUUCAAGGCUGAAAAUGUUGGAACACAUUUCUGGCACGCUCAUUCAGGGACACAGAGAUCGGACGGGGUGUUUGGAAGUCUUGUGGUGCAUCAACCAGAUUCAACCAAUCCCCACGCGGCUCUCUACCAGCAUGACCUGCCAGAACACGUUAUCAUCGUCCACGAUUGGCUGAAAGAAUUGACAAUGAACAGGUUUGCAGGUCACCAUCUGGCAGGAUUCGACAACAAACCACAGUUAAUGCUAAUUAAUGGUCGAGGAUCCUAUCGUAAGUUCGUGGAUCCGGCCACAAACAAAACUGCUUACACCCCUAGAUCACUGUUUAAGGUGACCCAGGGCCAGAACUAUAGGUUCCGGGUCAUAAACCCAGGUAUUCUGAACUGCCCCAUCCAGAUUUCCGUGGACAACCACCAGCUGAAGAUGAUAGCAUCAGACGGAGUUCCAUUCGUGCCGAAGGUUGUCGACUCGUUCAUAAUAUUCGCCGGAGAAAGAUUCGACUUUGUGCUCGAGGCUCAAAAAACUCUCGGUAACUAUUGGUUACGGGCUCGCGGUCUAGCAGACUGCGCAGUCAAAAAGGCGAACCAGGCGGCCAUUGUGAGAUACGAAGGAGCAGACGAGACUGACCCACCAGGAACAGUGGAUUAUGAAGGUGCAACCAGAGCUGGGACGAUGUUGAAUCCACUAAACCAGAAAGCCACCCCGACACUGAUUCAAAUGGCUGACCUUAAAUCCAUGAUCGCCGAUGACCCGCGAAUGAAGGAGCAACCCGACAAGAAGUUCUACAUAGCCAUGGACUUCUACAAGAUAGACAACUACCACUUCCACGAGCCGGACCUGUACCCCAUGUCCAGCGUGGAGCGGAAGAUGCAGUUGCUGAGUCCCCAGAUGAACCACAUCAGCAUGUCCAUGCCGCCGUCGCCGCCGCUCACGCAGUACUCCGACCUGUCAGAGGAUCUGUUUUGUAACACGGACACGGUGAAAGUGAACUGUUCAACCGAGUUCUGUCAGUGUGUACACAGGCUGUACGUCGACGUCGGCGACACCGUGGAGAUCGUCCUCAUCGACGAAGGCGUGCCCUUCAAUGCUAACCACCCCACCCACCUGCACGGUCACAACUUCAGGGUGGUCGCUAUGGACAGGUUGGGCGAGUCGACAUCCCUGGAGGAAGUUAAAGCUCUGGACGCGGCUGGCGGGAUUUCGAGGAAGCUGAGCGGAGCAGUAGCAAAAGACACAGUGACCGUCCCAGAUGGAGGAUAUACCGUCAUCAGAUUCGUCGCCGAUAAUCCAGGUUUUUGGUUUCUGCAUUGUCAUAUCGAGUUCCACCUUGCUAUAGGAAUGGGAGCCAUUGUACAAUCUGGGCAGCCUCACCAAAUGCCCAAACCACCCAAGGAUUGGCCAAAAUGUGGCAACUGGAAAUACCAUGGAGAGGAAACGGAAGUUAAAUGUCCGCCUACAAGUGAAGCAAACAUUGCGACGAUAUCCAAGACAUUAACGUCAAUAGUGGUCUUAGUUAUGUUCGUGAUCGCGUGAGUGCCGCUGAACAUUGAGGAGGGAAUUAAGAAACAGAAGUAUAAAUAUUAAAGGUAGACCUAGAUGUUCCCCAAUUUGCAGAAUUAUACGCUUGUUUUCAAGAUUUCUUUUAUUAUAAAAAUAUAGGUUAUUUACUUAUGGUUUCCACAACUGGUGAAAGACCGUGGUAUGUGCUUUUUCGUCUGUGGAAAAGUGCAUAUAAAAGAUCACUUGCUACUAAUGUAAAAAUGUAGCGGGUUUCCUCUCUAAGACUGUCAGAGUUACCAAAUGUUUCACCUCCAAUAGCCAAUGAUUGAUUGAACAAUGUGCUCUAUUGGUGUCGUUAAACAAAACAAACACACUAAAUUUACUUAUAGUUUAUAUUCAAGGUACGCACAUUUUGGGGACAGCCUAAAUUUCAAGCAUAGUAAAAAAUAAAUUAAUGUACUCAUUUCUCAUCUAGUCAAUUUCUAGAUGAGCUCUUGUAUAUAGGAUAUUUUGGUUAUAUAAUUAAUAAAACAUAUUAACACGUUAUAAUACUGAUAUAUCCAAAAUGUCGAAUGUUGUAUCGUAUGUAGGUUAAAAAAGAAAGAAAAUACAUAAAAAAGAAACCUUCUUUUAUACAUACAUAUAUACUCAAUUAUGAAAUUUGUCAUCGAUUAAUUUUAUAUUUUCACAUUUUAACCUAGUGUAACUCACUUUUUAACAUGUAAUUUCUUUUAAAACGUCUUAUCUACAUUUGGCAAUACAUUGCCUUUGUUUAUCUAUAUUUUUGUUGUUUUAUCCUUACAUUCUAUAAUCACCUGGAUUUAUUCUUUUAGCGUUUUUUGUCACUCUGGCGUAGCCAGGAUUUUAUUGGGUGUGUGUGUGUGGGGGGGUGGGGGGGUGGGGGGAGGCAACCCACACGAUGUAUGUAUGGAUGUAUGUGUGAUUUUAUAAAAAUUAAUACAGAAAAAACAGAAGAAAACAAGUUUUAUUGGGGGCGGGACAUGGACCCCGUCCCCUACCCCCUCGUUACGCCAAAGUUCUGUCGCAGGGUUCGAACUUAACGUCGGCACCGACGGCAAUUGCCGUCGUUGAGAUAUAAAUUGCUAUAGGCAGAGAGCAUCACCGAUGGCGCUUUUGUGCCGUCGGUAAAGCUGGUGUACCUUAUCUGCCAAUAUUUAACAUUUGCACGUUUAAAAUAUAGCUAUAUGUAACAAAAUAGCUUUUCAGUCAGCUUUAUUUGCUGCAAAUGUCACUUUUAAAACAUUGCCACAGGCAGGCUCAAAAUUGCCGUCGGUGGACCCAUUGCAAUUCUUUUAAAAGUUGCCAUGGGAGACAAAUUCUUAAGUUCGAGCCCUGCACUGUCGUGCAUAUAGCCAAUAAUGUUCAAGCACGCUGUCCUGGGCACACUUGUCAACUAUCUAGACUGUCUGUCCAGGUCAGUGGGCUAGUGGUAAGUUGUUAAUUGUUAGUGAAGGAGAAGUCGGUGUAGUGGCCUGACGCCUACUCACCGAAUAGUUAAACUCGCUCUAGGUGGCAGCCGGUACCGGGAGGCGAACCCGAUACCAAGUCAGCCGAUGGCUUAUCCACUACUACCAAACCGGGGCCGGUUUCUGCACUCUCGAGUAAUAAUUUAAUUUAAUUAUAAUUUAAUUAACCAUUUAGGAUAGACUGGCCACCAACAUCAAUUUUCUGAAUGACGAAAGAAAGAAAUGUUUUAUUUAACGACGCACUCAACACAUUUUAUUUACGGUUAUAUGGCGACAGACAUAUGGUUACGGAAUCCAGUAUACAGAACUACAGAGAGAGAGAGCAUGUCCUAACAUAUUAGUGACAUUAGAAGAGUGCAAUGAACAAAAUGCUACAAUGCUAUUAUGUUUUAUAUCCAUGUAGAUAAUAAAUAUUUUUAUUAAUAAA